AUGUGGGUUGUCCUUUCCCUGCUGAUGGCCCUUUGCAGUGGUGCUCUGUCUCUGGACAAACUCAACAUGUGCAUGGAUGGCAAACACCACAAAGUAGAGCCGGGCCGCGAGGGAGACCUUUACCAACAGUGCUCUCCCUGGCGUGACAAUGCGUGCUGCAUGGCCAAUACCAGCUCAGCAGCCCACAACGAUGACUCCUACCUGUACAACUUCAAUUGGCAUCACUGCGGUACUAUGAGCAAACGGUGCAAGGAACAUUUCAUCCAAGACACCUGCUUCCACGAGUGCUCGCCACACUUGGGACCCUGGAUAGUAGAAGUGAAUCAGACCUGGCGUAAGGAACGUGUUUUGGAUGUGCCUCUGUGUAAGGAAGACUGCAACGAUUGGUGGGAAGACUGCAAGAAUGAUUACACUUGCAAGAGUGAUUGGCACACGGGAUGGGACUGGAGCACAGGUAUGAACAGAUGCCCUAGAAACAGCAAGUGCAGAAUCUGGACUGAAGUCUACCCCACACCCAAGUCCAUGUGUGAACAAAUCUGGUCUAAGUCCUACCUUUAUACCGACUACACCAAAACGUCAGGCCGCUGCAUGCAGCUGUGGUUCAAUGGGCCGAACCCCAACAAGAAAGUGGCCGAGUACUACAUUAACAACGCACGGCAACACCAGAGCUUCACCUUGUCCAUGCUGCUUUUCCUGGCUGCUGCAUCUUUCUCUGUGGUGAUGCACUGA